AGCAGCAGGCUCCCCUAGCAGCCCGGCCUCCCCGCCUCACAUCGCGGCUCCUCAGGGGGCGGGCGGCAGCGGGGCGGGGAACGGCCCCGUGGCGUGGGGCGGUGCCUUCCCAAGGGGCGUACUCGGCCGAGCGUCCGUGAGGGGCCGUGUGGGCUGGCGGCAUGUCGGCGCCGCGCUGCGCCCAGUCGUGCGUGUUGCCGCGGCUGCUGUCUUGCCUGCACUCGCUGUGCGAGCCCUGCCUGCGGCGGCUCGGGCCUCCAGAGGUACCGCUGAGCGCCGCCCUCCCCGUCCUGUGCUCAUUGUGCGACUCCGAAGUGUCGCUGCCGGCCGGCGGCAUAGGGCAGCUUCCGCCCGACUGCCUGGCUCGGUGCGACCUCUGCUCCGGCGGAGCGGCGGCCGGUCGGUGCCUGACCUGCGGCGUCCGCCUCUGCCGCUUCUGCUGCCGGGCGCACAGGAGACAGAAGAAAAUGGCCUCCCAUGCUGUGACAGAGCUGGAGAGCACCAAGGAUUGCAGCCAGGCUGGGAAGCCUCUCCUGUGCCCCUCCCAUCCCACAGAGGAGCUCCAGCUAUUCUGCAAGCAGUGUGACCAGCCCGCGUGCCGGGAGUGUGUUCUGGGCAGACACCAUCGGCACCCCUGUGACUUCAGCAGCAGUGUCAUCCACAAGCACGGGGACGCCCUGUGGGAGGUGCUGAAGAGCAGCCAGCAGCACAUAGACAUGGAGGAUGUGCUGAGCCAGGCUGACAAGAUGGGCAAUGCCAUCCAUCCGUUCAUAGCCGCAGAGGCUGUGGCCACAGAAAUCUGCCUGUUUGCCAGAGGCUAUGUGAAAGCAAUUGAAGAGCACUGAGACCAGCUGCUGAAGCAGCUGGAGGACUUGAAGGUGCAGAAGAAAAACCCACUGCACUUACAGAAGGCCCAGCUGCAGCAGCUGCUGCUGGACAUGAGGGUAGGCGUGGAGUUCACAGAGUACUUGCUGAUGAGCGGCCACAGAUGUCGAGACCUUGUCACCCAAGUGGUAGUGUCAGCCGUCUGACAAAGCUCAACAGCACUGCUAUACAGCACCCACCCCAGUGUGGAUGACAAGAUCCAGUUCUCCCCUCACGAGAGGGUAGGGCAGUGGUGUGGCUAUGAAGUUUUUGGGGCCAUUCUCAAUAAAGUGCUUGAUCCAACCAGAUGCACCCUGCAUGGGGAGGAUCUCCACAGUGCCCAUCAGAACCAACUGCGUGGCUUUACCCUGCUGUGCAAGGACACCACAGGGGAGUGCAUGGGGCAGGGAGGAGAGACUGUGUGGAUCACCAUCAUCCACAAGGACAAGAGGGACUGUGCAGUCAAGCCAACAGUGUGUGAUAAUGGUUAUGGGACCUACUGUAUUUCCUACAGCCCUGAGGAGCCAGGCUUGUAUGCUGCCUGCAUCUAUGUGAAAGGGCAACAUGUACAGGGCUCUCCCUUUACUCUGAUGGUGAAGCACAAGUUCCGUGAGCACCAGGGGGUGUUUCGCUGCUGCACGUUCUGCUCCAGCAGAGGCCAGAAAGCCACUCACUGUGUCUGUGGUGGGACUAUGCCAGGUGGGUGUGGCCAUGGGCACAAAGGUCACCCUGGCUGUCACCACUGGUCAUGCUGCGGACAAGUGAAGGAGAGCUCAGAGUGUCUGUGUGGGCCACUGUAAGGGUCGGUCCGAAGAUUGCCUGAUCUGCCUCACAAUCAUCAUCAGAGACCCUGAGACUCUGAGACCCCUACCACUCGCUUAGGACAGGAGUUACUAGCCUGGCCAAGGUGGAUGCUUGCCAAGGGACUGUGUAUAGGUAUGCUUAGUGCUUUGCCAUGGGACACUGCUCUCAAGUGGAGUACUGGUUAUAGCGUCCUGUUCCUGCACCUGAUUUUCUGAAGCCAUGGGCCUCUGAACACAAUAGUCCAUAAAUCUCCCCACUUUUUGGCCAGAGGCCACUCGCCUUGGAAACGGACUAUAAAAUGAUUAGUUUCUGAAGAGACCCUUUGAGAUCUCUUUCUCCCCACGGAUGGAAGACAUUGACGGAUGAUCCGAGGAAGAUGUCCCAUCUGUUGGUAGCUAUUCCCCAAUCCUUUUCCUCUCUCUCUCUCCCCCCUUUUACUUAGUUUGCUUUAUCUGUCUCCCUCUCCCUUCUAUAGCAAACUGAGUUAUUGGCACUUAAUAAACUGCAUUGCUGCUAGUUGCUGAAUAAAA